AUGGCAGAGCAACGGCUCGAACGUUUACUUAGUCUUCGAAACUCAGCUAUACGAUAUUCAUCACCGGAAGGCGUUGCGCUCGCUGCAACCCAGAUUCGGUUGCCACCAUCACCCUCACGACCGAAGGCGCACGAAGGCCAGACGGUCAAACUGGAUAAAGAACACAAAUUUCCAUGGUUGGAAGACCUCGAGCUUAUAAAACAGUGGGAAGACGAGCGUCCGUAUAUGUUGCAUGAUACGUGGUUUGCUAUGCUUGGCGAUGGGAACGACCAAAGCGACUUGGCUGACGCGUUGCCUACUUGUUCGGAAGGUACUGCGUUGGCAACCAGCAUGUAUGGUAUGAUGGAGAAAUCGCUACAAAAGGACGUGGUUCCCAAUUUUCUCGCGCCGUUUCAGGAUACUUUUUGUGGCAAACUGGAGGCUUUGGUAGAACACUUUGAUGAGGGAUGUUGCAAAGCCAACUUAGAUCCCGACACGACCCUACGACAUAGUCACAGAGGUAUCCUUUUGUCAAGUGGACACAUCAUUGAUGAAGCACAUCUACAACAACUCAUGAACGAGAUGAAGAGACUGAAAAGAUAUUGUCGGCGCAUGACGGAUGAGGUGAACCGCCGGAGAGACGCCCAAAAAUUGAGUAAGAACCGAUGGGGCAACAGAGUUCGACGUGGCGGCAAGGUCAGUGUAAUGAAGAGCAAGGGGUUAGGCAGCCUACUCAGAGAGAGUUGCGACUUGGACUUGGACGAGUUGCCUGCUGAUUCAUGGGAGAGUUGGGCUCCGACUGAUAAGCCGAGUCGUGUGGUGUUAGUUCAACCAGAACAAGGCGGGACAUUAGGGAAUGAUGGCCAACUGUUAGGGCAUCGGGAAGGUCAAGCCGAGGACAAACUUAAACUUCAGAAUCGGAACAGAAUCCGAUGGUAG